UCUGCCGGGCGGGAAGAGUCUGGCUGUGUUGGUGCGGUUCGUGGAGAUUCAUUUCCCUCGGUGAAGCGACAUAAGUCGCGGAGAGGCUUCUCAUAUCCAUCAUCAAACAGUGUCUAAGGGGGCAGCUUUAUAACCGCACUUUUUUCUACUGCACCGAAGUUAACGAAAUGGCCGAGCCGGAGGUGAACCCCAAGGCGUACCCGUUGGCGGACGCCGCUCUCACUGCCAAGAUCCUGAACCUGGUGCAGCAAGCUGCUAACUACAAGCAGCUGAAGAAGGGGGCGAACGAGGCGACCAAGGCGCUGAACCGUGGCCUGGCCGAGUUCAUCGUGAUGACGGCCGACGCCGAGCCGCUCGAGAUCCUGCUUCACCUACCUCUGCUGUGCGAGGACAAGAACGUUCCCUAUGUCUUCGUGCGCAGCAAGCAGGCGCUGGGUCGCGCCUGCGGCGUGUCCCGUGCCGUCAUCGCCUGUGCGGUCACCGUCGACGAAGGCUCGCAGCUCAAGCCGCAGAUCCAGAGUCUCCACCUGGAGAUUGAGAAGCUGCUCAUCUAGGCGGCCGGCCCGCCGCCGCCGCCGCCCGGUCGGCUGACUGUGACGUCAUCGGAGACCGGCGGGUUUCUGGUGACGUCACUGGAUGACGUCUGACGUGGCACGCGGCGUCCCGUCACGGGUGUUUGCGAAGCUUUUGUGGUCGGAUGUGUCAUUUCGUCGGCUCCGAUGUUGUAUCGACCAGAACUUCAUAUUGCGGUAUUUCAUUUCAUCGCGCCUGUUUGAACGAUCCCGCGUCUCUAUAUGGCGUCGCCGACUGUUCUGAUGACCACCAGCUAUCAGGGAGUUGUCUGUUAACCGUGCGGCGGGGUGCCGUUUUGAGCUAUUCCAAAUGAUGGGAAGGAAAUCCAUCAUAGCGCCAGGAGUGAUUUUUUUUGACAAAUACACGACACAUUGGCAUAA